AUGAGCUCUAGCCCAACUGCUGGUAUCCAGGAAGAAAUCUUGUAUGCUGUUGUGAAGGGCACAGAGAUUCCAGAACAUGUGAAGCUGGCCAUUGUGAGCCAGCAUAAGGAAGAUCACCCCAAAGACUUAUAUGCCCAGGUUAAGCCUUCCAGAUUCAGAAGGGCAGAGCCUAUCUCUCCUUCCCUCAUGCCAAAGGGAUUGCUAGACUCAAAGAACAGAAAUGCAAAAGAAGACCAAAUUGCUGCAGCCAAGGAGCCUGAUGAAGUGACCUAUGCAGAACUACACAUCAUGACUCCUAGACAGAGGCAGCUGAAUGUCGCAUCUCUCAGGCAGAAAAGUCCAACUUGAGACACUUCUCUAUGUGUCUCAAGAUUCAGGAAGAUCUAGUCUUUAUAUUCAAUGGAGGAGAGAGGACUCAGGGAUGUCAAAAAAUUUUAUCUGCCUCAGGUAAACAGCCAUUUUGCAAAUGUAUCUUGGAAGUUUUUGGCAACUUUGGGGACUCACCUGAUUCUGUAGUCAGAGAUGAGCAAUGCCCCAAGCAUUUUAUAAAUAAGACAAAUACUUUGUCAGUACUCAAUAGAUAAAAUGAAAGACAAUAGAAGUGAAGGAAGUUUCUGGGUUUUUCUGCUUUUCUUUGUUUUCUUUUUACUUUUGAGAUUAUAAUUGCAGCAAGUCUUCCUUACCUUUCCUCCAUACAGAAAUUCCCAUAGACCUUUAUAG